GGCCACCACUGUUUCCGGGUCGAACCUUUUACACAAUACAAAAGGGAUUGCAUUGCAUCUCUGAAACUGUAACCAUAUAAACCCUAAACCCCAACUGAACCCAAACACUACACUCUCUCUAUUCCGAUUCAAUGGCUGUCAACGACGCCGAUCAAUCUCACAAACCUCACAGGUUACGUCAAGCCGGUCCCAAGAAGAAGACCAACAAGCCUAAGAAGAAACGAGAUGGCGAUGACGAUGACGACGGUCAGAUUAUGCAAAACCCUAAAGCUUUCGCAUAUUCUUCAUCGAAAAAAAAUAAAAGAUUGCAAUCACGCACCGCCGAGAAAGAACAGCGCCGUCUUCAUGUUCCUAUUAUUGAUCGUAGUUACGGUGAACCUCCUCCUUUUGUCAUUGUUGUGCAGGGUCCUCCUCAGGUUGGGAAAUCACUUUUGAUUAAGUCUUUGAUUAAGCAUUAUACAAAGCAAAACUUGCCUGAAGUUCGUGGUCCAAUUACAAUUGUAUCAGGAAAGCAAAGGCGGUUGCAAUUUGUGGAAUGCCCAAAUGAUAUCAAUGGAAUGAUAGAUGCGGCUAAGUAUGCUGAUCUAGCACUUCUUCUUAUAGAUGGAAGUUAUGGUUUUGAAAUGGAAACAUUUGAGUUUCUCAAUAUUUUGCAAGUUCAUGGGUUCCCAAAGGUCAUGGGGGUUCUUACUCAUCUUGAUCAUUUCAAGGAUGUUAAAAAGUUGAGGAAAACGAAACAACGGCUCAAACACCGAUUUUGGACCGAAAUAUAUGAUGGAGCUAAAUUGUUUUACUUAUCUGGCCUUAUUCAUGGAAAAUAUGUCAAGCGUGAAGUUCACAAUCUUGCUCGAUUCAUAUCAGUCAUGAAGUUUCAUCCUUUAUCUUGGCGAACUUCCCAUCCCUAUGUUUUGGUGGAUCGUUUUGAAGAUAUCACUCCUCCUGAACAAGUGCAUGCAAAUAAUAAAUGUGACAGAAAAGUCACACUUUAUGGCUAUCUUAGAGGUUGUAAUUUGAAAAGUGGCAAUAAGGUCCACAUAGCUGGAGUGGGUGAUUAUAGUUUAGCUCAUGCAACUGGUUUACCCGAUCCAUGCCCUCUUCCAUCUGCUGCCAAAAAGAAAGGACUGCGUGAUAAAGAAAAGUUGUUUUAUGCUCCCAUGUCUGGUGUUGGGGAUCUUUUGUACGAUAAAGAUGCUGUGUACAUAAAUAUUAAUGAUCACUUUGUUCAAUUUUCAAAAGUUGAUGAUGGAAACUCUGCUAUGACGAACAAAGGAAAGGAAAGGGAUGUAGGAGAGGUGUUGGUGAAAUCUCUUCAGGAUACCAAAUUCUCAAUCAAUGAAAAGCUAGAGAAUAGCUUCAUCAAUUUUUUUGGCCAAAGGCUAAAAGUGUCACCAGACGCUCUAGGUGAUGCACCAGGUACAAACAAUGAUGUAGAGCAGGAUGGAAAUCUGGAGACUCAGCCUGUAGCUGGUAUGGGUGGUAAAGAUAAUAAUGAAAUGGAUUCUAAUGGUUCAGAAUCGUCUGAUGACGAUGAGGUCCAUGAUCCUGAUGUUGAUGGCGAUGCCAGUAAAACUACAAAUGGUAACCACUUAAAUGAACAGAUUGAGUUUCACAAUGGAAGACAAAGGAGAAAAGCAAUCUUUGGAAAUGAUGUUGAUCAAAGUGAUCUAGUGGAUUCAGAAGAAGAAGAAGAUGAUGAAGAAGAAGAUGAUGAAGAAGAAGAUGAAGAAGAAGAGGAUGGGGAAUCUUCCGAUUCAGAAUCUUCAAAAGAGGAUGAAGAUGACACGGAUGAAGAUGACGUGGGAAAUGUUUCGAAGUGGAAGGAGUCGCUGGCUGAAAGAACACUCGCACGAAAAGCUACUAGUUUGAAGCAAGUCGUGUAUGGGGAAUCUACUAAUAAUUCAACUUCUAUGAAUGAAGAGUAUGAUAGUGGUGAGGAUGACGAAGACUUUUUUCUUCCUAUAGAAGAACAAAUGAAAAAGCAAAAAAGUAGACAUGGACCGGAUGAUACAAUGGUUGACGCUGAGGAUUGUUCCAAGUGUGUCAAACUUAUGAGCCAGAAAUGGAAUGAGAAAGAUAACGAGGAGAUUCGCAACCGUUUUGUGUCUGGGAAUUUGGCAAAAGCUGCACUCAGAAAUUCACAGCAAAAAGCUAAUACUGAAGAGAAAGAUGAUGUCUAUGGUGACUUUGAAGAUUUAGAAACAGGAGAAAACUACAAGUUUUAUCUGACAGAUAAUGCGACAACAACACAGAUGGGAGUUGAUUCAGUAGCUGAGGAGCGGAGGCUUGAGAAACUUGCUAAACGCGCAAUAUUUGAUUCUCAAUAUAAUGAUGACCCUGGGACACCAGAGGAAGAGACUGGAAAUGAAAAUGAAGCCAAGAUUCAUCGUGAUCAACCCAAUGAAAGUAACUAUCUUGACAAGUUAAAGGAGGAUAUUGAGCUUCAAAAACAAACGAAUAUUGCUGAACUGAACGAUCUUGAUGAGGAUACAAGAUUAGAGUUAGAAGGCUUCCGAACCGGGACAUACUUACGAUUGGAGGUUCAUAAUGUUCCGUAUGAAAUGGUUGAACACUUUGAUCCCUACCAUCCAAUAUUGGUUGGAGGGGUUGGUUUAGGGGAGGAAAAUGUUGGAUACAUGCAGGCCAGGUUAAAGCGGCAUAGGUGGCACAAGAAAGUCCUGAAGACUAGAGAUCCAAUUAUUGUUUCGGUUGGAUGGAGGCGUUACCAGACAACACCAGUUUAUGCUAUUGAGGAUCACAAUGGAAGGCAUCGAAUGCUAAAAUACACUCCAGAGCACAUGCAUUGCCUUGCUAUGUUUUGGGGCCCUCUUGCACCUCCCAACACUGGAAUAAUUGCUGUUCAGACUUUAUCAAACAAUCAGGCAACUUUUAGGAUUACCGCAACUGCAGUUGUUGUUGAGUUUAAUCACGCUGCAAGGAUAAUGAAGAAAAUCAAAUUGGUUGGCUAUCCGUGCAAGAUAUUCAAGAAAACAGCACUUAUCAAGGAUAUGUUUACUUCAGAUCUUGAAGUACCUCGGUUUGAAGGAGCGGCUAUUCGAACAGUCAGUGGGAUUAGGGGACAGAUCAAGAAGGUUGCAAAAGAAGAGUUAGGUAACAAACCAAAAAGGAAGGGUGGGCAAACCAAAGAAGGGAUUGCUAGAUGUACUUUUGAAGACAAAAUUCUGAUGAGUGACAUUGUUUUCCUGCGAGCAUGGACUCAAGUUGAAGUUCCUCAGUUUUAUAAUCCCUUAACAACAGCAUUGCAGCCACGCGACCAGACCUGGAAAGGAAUGAGAACUGUUGCAGAAUUGAGAAGAGAUCACAAUCUUCCUAUACCUGUAAACAAAGAUUCUCUUUACAAGAAAAUUGAAAGGAAGCCUAGAAAGUUCAAUCCAGUGGUGAUUCCCAAGAAGCUACAGGCAAAUCUUCCCUUUGAAUCAAAACCUAAACAUCAACCCAAGCGAAAAAGGCCUAGGCUUGAAGAGAGAAGGCAAAAGGGUGUUAUUGAAGAAUCUCAUGAGCGGAAAAUUCGUGGUCUUGUUCAACAAUUACAGUUAAUGAACAAUACCAAGAUGAAAAAACGAAACCUUAAGGAAAAGGAAAAGAAAAAAGCUUGGGAAAAAGAGAAAAAGAAAGAGGAGGAGUUGUCGAAAAAGCGCAAGAGAGAGGAAAGACGAGAAAAAUACCGGAAAGAAGACAAGCUCAAUAAGAAAAGUCGAAGAGCCUAGGUUUGAAUUUCUGAAAAUUGAUUUGAGUUUUGUCUUGUCAAGGGUCAGAAUUUCAACGAGUUUUGGUAAUAUGCAAUGCAAAUGGAUCCAUCAUUUAUUAUUACCUUCAAAAAAGGAAAAGCAUUUAUUAUUAUUAUUAUUAUUAGGAGAAUGUUAUCAUGUGCCCUUAAGGCAUAUGUUAAGGAAGCAAAAGUAUCUUGGCCAUCAUUGAUUAAGACUGUUUUGGAAAUGGCGGCUUUGGUAGUUUGCUCUCUAACUCAUCCUGAAUAUUAAUUAUUUUUUACUAUUGCUUGUGGAAAAGAUUGUUUCAUUAUUGCUAGGAAUUUUUUCUUA